UGACAGCUAGCGUAAUACUUGUGGCUAAUACAUCUAGUUGAUUGCAGUGCUUGAGCUGGACGACUGCGAUUAUCUUGAAUGAGCUAUAGCUUAGCUUCGUGUUCAAUCUUCAUUCCAUGAAGUGGUGGCUGGUCCUUCUUCCUUUUCAGUCAAUUAAAAUAAACUCACAUAUCAAAUGAGGUGCAUAUCAAAUAUUGAACCGCGUAAGAAGAAAAACUUGGCUCAACCAGCGAGCUAGACGCACCAUCUCAGAGUUCUUGUUUUAAGGUUUUUUUGUUUUUUUUAAAGUUAGAAGUACAGGUAAGAUUACCGCCACGAUCUUCCCACUAUAGUACUUCCAAUUAUCAUAACCAUUCUAAAUCUACACUAAAGUGUUGAAAGUAAUAAACUAUAAUAUGGCUCCAUAAACUAGACAUUCCGUCUACCAAAGGCUGUGGAAGAAAGAGAAGGAGAUAACUCUAUCUUCUUCACCAUCUCAAAGGUGAAAGAGCUCGGAGCUCGCAGACAAGUUCUCAGCUUUUCCUUGGCACCUUUCCCUUGGAGCUUCAUCUUCCAUCCUUCUUCUCUUACCAUUAAAAAGCUAUUCUUGGAUCCCUCUCCUUGUAAUGGAGCGCCGAGGAAUAACAGCAACAACGGCGACGGCGGCAAUGCUUCUUGCUCUUCUGUUAACUCCGCUGCUGCCACAAGCGGUGGCGGAGGAGAGUUGCUCAGGUAUAGUGCCCAUGAGAAGCAGAAGGGAGGUUAUCUCCAUAGAGGAUUUCGGAGGGAUAGGAGAUGGAAGAACAGACAAUACCUGGCCAUUUCGGAAGGCAAUAUACAGAAUUCAGCACUUGAGGAGAUUAGGCGGCACGCUUCUUUAUGUUCCUCGAGGCGUUUGGCUUACUGGUAGCUUCAAUGUUACAAGCCAUAUGACUCUGUUUCUAGCCCGGGGAGCAGUGAUUAAGGCUUCUCAGGAUACGGAGAAGUGGCCAUUGGUGGAGCCUUUGCCAUCGUAUGGGAGAGGGAGGGAGAGACCGGGAGGAAGGUAUGCGAGCUUCAUCUUGGGCUACGGGCUUCGUGAUGUGAUUAUAACCGGCGAGAAUGGAACAAUUGAUGGGCAAGGUGGAGUAUGGUGGGAUAUGUGGAGGCAAAGAACUCUCAGCUUCACAAGACCAAAUCUCCUGGAAUUCAUGCAUUCCACUGACAUCCACAUCUCCAAUAUAAUCUUCAAAAACUCUCCAUUUUGGAACAUUCAUCCUGUUUACUGCAGCAAUGUCGUCAUAAGAUCAGUUACAAUUCUGGCUCCACAUGACUCUCCCAACACAGAUGGAAUUGAUCCAGAUUCCAGCUCAAAUGUCUGUAUAGAAGACUCAUUCAUCUCAACCGGGGACGAUCUAGUAGCCGUGAAGAGCGGCUGGGACGAAUACGGCAUCGCCUACGGCCGGCCCAGCACCGCCAUCACAAUCAGAAGAAUCACCGGCUCCUCCCCCUUCAGCGCCAUCGCCAUCGGCAGCGAAGCAUCAGGUGGAGUAGAAAACAUUCUUAUUCAAAACAUCAACAUAUAUUCAACCGGCAUCGGCAUCCACAUCAAGACCAACGCCGGGAGAGGAGGCUAUAUCAGAAACGUGACAAUCUCCGACGUGUACAUGAACAGAGUAGGCAAAGGAGUGAGGAUCGCCGGCGACGUCGGAGACCACCCGGACGACAAGUUCGAUCCCGGAGCGUUGCCGAGGGUGGAUGGGGUGACGAUAAGGAAUGUGUGGGGGGUGGGGGUGAAGGAGGCCGGAUCAAUUGAGGGGAUAAAGGGGUCGCCUUUCACGCGCAUUUGUUUGUGGAAUGUGAAGCUAUGGGGAGUUGGGAGGCAGAUGGAGGCGUGGAAGUGCGCGGCGGUGAGUGGGGUUGCGGUGGGCGUGCAGCCAUGGCCGUGCGGGGAGCUUACGGGGAUUAUGUCCACUGGGUUCUGUUACAGCUGAAUGUUUUGAGCUUGAGUUGCUUGGCUUUUACUGAUGCAGGCGUGCCUUUUAUUAGAUAAGCAUGAAAUUUGCUUCAUGAA